GAUGAAUCUCUGUACGAUGCCCUGGAGCAUGCUAAUCUUCUCCUUCCAAUUGUGCAAUUUGCUGGUUUGGCAUCUACAUAUGCGUUGGAAAGAUGUUCCCAACAAGCUGUCACAGCGUUGCGACGAUUGAUGGGUCCGAUCAAGGCUUGUUUCACGAAAUUGUAUGUUUGCGGCGGGUGCCAAAGAAGUACCGAUCUUGAAGCAGGCCAGCCGGGAGUGCCACCAUUUAUCAACGUUGUCAACACGGUGGAACGAUUGGAUUUGAACGGUAUCUCGAACGCCAUGGCUGCACCUGAAUGGGAAGCCCUCAUGAGCAGCCAAGAGAUCCACAUGACGUCGCGAUCAGAUGCGCUUGCUGCAGUCCUGCAUGGAAAUCUGUACAUAUGUGGUGGGCAGGAUGGCUCGGUGGUACUGAACAGCGCAUGUCGUUUCCAUCCCUCCCAAGGUGACUGGGAGGUGCUGCCAUCCAUGUGGCAGGGUCGCUGGAAUGCAACAGGAGGUGCUGUGGAUGGGUGCCUUUACGUUUGUGGCGGUGCUGACAACAGUAGCCCUCUCAAUUCCUGCGAACGUUUUAAUCCUGUGACGCAUGCAUGGGAAGUCAUGCAUCCCAUGCUUCGUCAACGUUCCGGUUCUGUCAGCGCAGCAUUAGGCAGAGCAUUGCUUGUGGCGGGUGGCGGUGAUGGCCAACAGCCUUUGAGCUCUGCAGAACGACUCUCCUCAUCUGACGCGUCGAGCUGGGAAGUGUUGCCUGCAAUGGCUCAUCGUCGGAUUGGUGCUGUUUGUGCCGUUCUUGCUGGGCGCUGGUAUGUUUGUGGAGGUGGGGAUGGCCAUCGUGUGCUGGAUUCUGUAGAGAUGUUUGAUUCAAAGCGCUGCUGCUGGGAGAAGCUUGCUCCAAUGAUGUGUCCCCGUUGGGGCAGCGUGGUGGGUGUGCUGGGCGGCUGCUUAUGUGUAUGUGGAGGCGGCACGGGCUUGACUGUGCUCCGUUCAGCAGAGCGAUACGACCCCAGCAGCGGUGUUUGGGAGGAGUUGCCGCCCAUGCAGAGACAUAGAUGGGGCGCAACCUGUGUGGUUGCGUUGGGCUGCCUCUACGUGCUGGGCGGCAGCAGUGGCACGGCCCCGCUGGACACAGCCGAAAGAUUCAACCCUUCAACUCAUGCCUGGGAGCAGCUCCCCAACAUGGGGCAGCCGCGAUACAGGGGUGCAGCUGCUGUAGUGAUUGGCUGA